AUGGCUUCUCUCUCGUCCACGAAGACCAUCAAGCGCGACGACUUCUUCUACUUUCACAGCCUUGUCUUCGAGGUCGAGGAUACGCUGUUCAAAGUACCCCGCUACGGGCUUCCCGGCGAUGGCGCUGCCUUUGACACUAUGUUCGCCCGUGGGCCGGGCGCUCCGGGCUCGAGCGACGACGAUCCCAUCCGUCUUGACACCGAUGUGACGGCCAGCGAGUUCCGCAGUAUGCUAAAAGCAACCUAUCCGCCGCCAGGUACGACGGUUGCUGAGCUCACGCUCGACGAGUGGAUGAGCGUGCUCAAGCUCGCAAAGAAGUGGAACCUCGCGGGUCUGCGGGAUAAGGCUGUCCAGCAGUCCGAUACCCAAGUGCAGCUCAAGACACCUAUUGAGAAGAUUUUGCUGGCCCGACAGUACGACGUGGGCAAAUGGCUGAACGAGGCCUACAUUGCUCUAUCAUCACGCGAAGAGCCGCUUUCCGUUCAGGAGGUUGAAAAAGUAGGCUGGGAGACGACGGCGAAGCUCAUGAUGGUUCGCGAGAAGAGGUGGCGGACGCCGCAGACGCCACCAAAGGCCACCGUUAAGUGUACCGGCUGCCAGUCCACUCCGUCAUGCUACAGUUGUCACUAUAAUAGAGGUUGUAGCUUUGCUAUUGAAGCUGUCAUCGAUACGAGUACCAUUGUUUCUGGCACGUUCAAUUACGCUAACGCAGUUCAGGACGUUUUCGGGAAGCCUAUAUUUACGUAG